GUGCCAACUCCAAUGUUACAAUUAGUGUCGUUCACGUUUUCAUGUUUUUCCCCAAUUUUGUCGUCAAAAUGAGAGAAUUUUUCAUCCGAUAGAUGUCAAUCAGCAUUAUGGCUUCAACAUUCUUGAAUAAUUUCAGGCAUCGCCCAAUAUGUUUGUUCUUGAGAUCGCGACUUUCUUUGCAAGGAAUCAGAACAUUUCAUCAUCCGGGACGUUCUUCUUCUUUUAGAUUCCUAAAUCAACGUYUUGUCCCAUUUAGAUAUUGGAAUUUGUCAUUUAACAGAACUCAAAGAUGUCUACUAAGUAAUAAUUGUAAUCAUUCAAGGUUUUACGAGAUUCAUUGUUGGAGCAGAGAGCAUUGGUUUAGAAGUGAAGGUUGGAAGGAUGUUUGUUGUCGUCUGAGGGGUCGUUACAAGUAUCAAAGUUUUCAUACAAGUGCUCGAAGAGAUGCUUGGCCCAUUGCUGCUUUGUUAGUUAAGUUUGUUGGACCUCUUUCAAAAGUUUUAAAGCUGGUCGCGAUGGUGGGUGGAAGGUCUUUUAGAAAAUGGUACCAAAAACUCAGCCCCAAAUAUAAGUUGCAGUUAUUGAAUGACAAAAGGACAGAAAAAUUGGUUAUAAUAUCUGGAAGUAUAGGAGGACUGUUUAUUGCAUAUUACUUCUUUCAUCUUGAAGAGACACCUGUCACUAACAGGGUUAGAUUCAUGCCAAUUGGAAAUGCACAAAUGGAACAUCUGGUUGAAUCAGAGUACAAGCAAACUUUGGAACUUUGUGGAGAAUACAUUUUGCCUGUCAAUCAUCCAGACCAUAUAAGAGUGUUUCAAGUCACCAAAAGGUUAUUGAAGGGUAAUCAGUCCAAGGAGACGGAUGGAAUUAAAUGGCAGGUUAAUGUUGUGAAUACAGCUGAURUUAAUGCUUUUGUUUUGCCGAAUGGCCAGAUAUUUAUGUUUAAAGGAAUGCUUGACAUGCUAUCUAAUGAUAGUGAAUUAGCGACCAUACUGGGACAUGAGAUGGCUCAUGCUAUCUUGGGACAUGGGGCAGAGCAGGCAAGCUUGCAUGGCAUSAUCAAUUUGUUCAUAGUAGUGUCCUUGGCUAUUCUUUGGGCUGUCCUUCCUACAGACUAUAUUGCUAUAGCUGCACAGUGGAUACAAGAUCAAAUUUUGACUAUUCUUCUACAUUUGCCAUAUUCWAGGAAGCUUGAGGAAGAAGCAGAUGAAGUUGGAAUGCUGUUUGCAGCAAAGGCAUGUUUUGAUGUGCGUCAAAGCCCCAAAGUAUGGAAAAGACUGGCAGCACAACAGCAGUUAAAAGGAAACACUGAUGUGGAAUGGCUUUCCACACAUCCAUCUCAUGCCACUAGAGCUAACAACCUUGAAAGUCUAUUGCCAGAGGCUCUAGAGAUAAGAAAAGAAUGCAAUUGUCCAACCCUAGAAUCUUUGCCUCCUCUCCUAGUUACAACACAGMCAAGACUGAUGAAGCUUUUUGGAGUAAAAAUGGCACAGAAAUAAAGUAGUGAAUAUAUGUUAUUGAGUGAUCAAAAUAAUAAAUUUAUUUUGAGGGAUAACUUAGAAAAUUGUUAUAGGUUAUUGCGCAUCCCUCAAUAAUAAAGUUAUGUUAUUGUGUGAAUCCUAUUAAUUUUGACUACUAACCAUGGUCAGGGGUGGAUACAAAAAUUUGAUAGGGGGGUGUCCCAAAUGAAGAAAUGUAUAUAGAGAUAUUUUGCAUCGCUUCAAAAAAAGCRUACUAAUUACGGUGUUAGGGGGUCUCCGGUACACAGCAGGACACCCCCCUGGAUUAUUAGUAAUCAAGGACCAAUGAGUCAUUAAUUUUAAUCAUGAAAUAAAUAUUAUUAAAAUAA